AUGAAUGUGACUACUAUAGACUAUUUCAUUAUUAAAGGCAUUUCAGAUAUUCCAGCAUUGCAGUGUCUAGCCUUCAUUCUGGUUCUGCUGAUUUAUCUCAUCACUCUUACUGGUAACAUGACCAUUUUUAUAUUGGUGUGUCUGGAUCAUCAUCUUCACGUUCCCAUGUACUUCUUCUUGGCCAACCUGUCCAUCUUGGACAUGUCUUCAUCCAUUAUUACUUUACACAAUGUUCUCGUUAACUUUAUAUCAGGGGAUAACACAAUUUCUGUCUUUGCAUGCCUGACACAAAUGUAUAUAUUUGCAUCUCUAACAUGUAAUGAGCUUUUCCUUCUAACAGUCAUGAGUUAUGAUCGUUAUGUCGCCAUAUGUAAUCCCUUAUAUUACCAUGUCAUUAUGAACCAUAGAAAUUGCACUUUCUUAGCCAUUUUCUGUUGGCUAUUGGGGUUUAUUCAAGUUUUUCCUGUUCUUGUGUCAUUUUCAUUCUUUAAUUGCUAUAGGACCAGAGAAAUUAAUCACUUUUUUUGUGACCCUGUUCUUCUAGAAAACCUUCUCUGUAAUUAUUCCUAUUUUGUGUGGCUUUUCAUUCAUUUAGGGGGAGUUUUUGAUGCAACCUUCCCUCCUUUUUUCACCUUCCUUCCUUAUAUAUUUAUCAUUGUCACAAUCCAGAGAAUGAGAUCCAACACUAGCAGACGGAAAACCUUCUACACAUGUUUCUCACACCUCACAGUUGUCAUAUUCCUCUAUGUGACGCUGAUUUGCCAAUAUCUACGUCCAACAUCAGUUACUAACAUGGACACCAAUAAACUUUUCUCUCUGUUUAAUACAGCUGCUGUCCCCAUGCUAAACCCAUUGAUUUACAGCCUAAAAAAUAAAGAGAUGAAGACCGCCCUGAAGCGCAAAAUAAAUGACCUGUCAAAACUUUUUGGUGAGCUCUAG